ACUUGUUUUACAGCUGAGGAGAGAACUGCACCCUCACGCAGGAGGGAAAACCAAGGGGGGGGGGUGCGAACAGGGUUUGCGUGAACGACGAGGCCGUCGCCGCUUGAGGUUUAACGCUUUUCUUAAAGGGGCUUGCGGAAAGAAUGUCACGGCAAGUGCAAUGGCGCAGGUUUGCGUUCUUCGACAAGGAGACCGUCGCCGAAGACGUUGCCACCGAGAUUGGCGCUGAAGUGUCCUGUAUGCACACUGCGGGAGGCAGGCUUUAUCUCGGCGACGCAGCCGGAAAAGUAACCAUUUCCGACAGCAACCUCAGCGGCAAGAUUCAGCGCCAGGCGUACUCCGGGCCGAUCCUGGCGCUCGCGCUCGCCCCCGACGGGGUCCCCCCCGGUUCCGCGACAUCCCGAGCUGCGGCUCCCCUUCCGUCAAGCCUUCCCCCUUCGUCCGGAACCAACAGUAGUGCAGCCACAAGCAACAACACCAGCAGGAAAUACGGCGUGGUCGUUACGCUUGGGGACGACUCCGUGAACCCUGCCCCGCAGUCGGAGGCCGGGGGGGGAGGAGGGGUGGGGGCAGGAAACGGUCGGUCACCCUACGUGCUAAAGUUUUGGGCGGGUGCGGACAUGGGGUUGUGCGUCCGCGCGGUGGACGUUGCGGCGCAAAUGCCGGACGGGCAGCAUCAGAGAUGGGCUUCCUCCGGAGGCGGGGCGGGGGGGGCGCGGGCAAGACUCCCUCGGUUGACGGCGUUCGCGAUCACGCCCGAUGCAUCUCAGGCAAGCCAGGAGAGCACCCACGUUUUGGGGGACCUGGUGCGCAGCCCGGUCUUGCCGCCGCCGCCGCCGCUGCUGAUUCAGCCGGGUGAGGAGAACCCUUCUGCUGUCACGGCGCUGCACUUCUCGAAGGGACAGCAACGCGGUCGGGGUGGCGGCAGCGGCAGCUCGAGUCCACCUCAGCCCAAGCUCAUCGUCGGCUACGACCUGAACAAGGACGGAAGCAACGGCAUGCCUCCCCCGGACUUUCCCUCGCUGGGCCUGCUAUCCUACGACACCCGGACAGACGCGGAGCCCUUGGUCCUGGACGAGCGAGGCUGCCAGGAAGGUUGCUCCGCUUUCGGGCAGUCUACACAGGCGAGUGAAAUGGUUGUCGGCCGCGAGGACGGGGUGUUCUUCUUUUCCUCGGAGGAUAGGGGCGGCGCCGCGGGCUUCGAAGGCAAGAAGCAGCACGUUGGCUGCUUGUGGAACUACAUCUUGGUGGUCAGCGAAGACGGUCGAUCGGGAAGGCACACGAUCAACAUGUACGACAUGAGAAAUAAACUCGUGGCGUUUCACGCCUUGCUUCCCCAGGGACAGGCCGUCAAGCGCAUAUCCUGCCAGGGUGAGCGAUACGACCCGAACGCCGGGACCAAUCUCGGGAACGGUGCCGGCAACGUAGUAGCCGGCAACGGCAGCGUCGGUGGAUCCGGGGAAGGCUUGGCCUUCAUCCUCACCAACAGGAACUCGCUGCUCAGGCUUCGAGAGAGAGACACGUCUUCCAAGCUCGAGCUCCUUUUCAGGAAGAACCUCUACCCGAUGGCCAUCUCGCUGGCGUACGCCAGCGACCACGACGUGUCGGAGAUCCUGGGGAUCUAUCGCAUGCACGGGGAUCACCUCUACAAGAAGGGAGACUUCGAGGGUGCGAUGCAGCAGUAUCAGUGCACGAUCGGGCAGCUAGACCCCAGCUACGUCAUCCGCCGCUUCCUCGACGCACAGAGGAUAGGGCUGCUCACGUCUUACCUCGAGGCGCUUCACGACGCUGGCCAGGCGUCGUCGGAGCACACCACCCUGCUCCUCAACUGCCACACCAAGCUCAAGGAUGUCGAAAAAUUGGACCGUUUCAUACACCCUUCUGGCGAUACAAUGACGCCACAGCAACAACAGCAACAACAACAAGCCCGCGACUCGACCAGCGCCGCCGCAAGCACCGCCUUAUCGCAUCGGCUGGGCGGGGAUGGCGGGAGUGGUGGUGCCGCCGGCGCCAACUUCGAUGUGGUGACGGCUAUUCGGGUGUUGAAAUCGGCGGGGCACGCGGACCAUGCGGCGGAGUUGGCCCGAAGACAUGGGGAACACGACUGGUUCCUCCGCAUCCAGCUCGAGCGCUCGCAGCCGGACUUCUCCGGGGCCCUGUCGUACAUCGCAUCCCUAGCUUUCAGCGAGGCUUCCGAGCAACUGCGGCGACGAGGGAAGCCGCUGGUGGCGGCACUGCCCGAGGAUACGACCGGUGUUCUGAUGGCCCUCUGCACUGGAAGGUACUCCAGCAUGCCCGACCCAGCGACAGCCGCCGCGGGGGGCGGCGGCGGCGGCGGCGGCAACCCCAACAGCAAGGACAAGGCCUCCUCGACCGCGGCGAAGGCGGCGGCGGAGGACUUCGUGCACCUCUACGUGGACGAGCCUCGCUGGCUCCGCAUCUUCCUCACGUACGUCUUGAGGGAAGGCGGCCGGGCGGGGCCCACGGUCGCCGACACUCUGCUCGAGCUGCUGCUGAGAGAGUGGGCGGCGGCCGGCGGCGGACAGCGAGGAGGGUCUAGCGGUGGCGGCGGCGGCUUGGCGGUUAAGAAGCAACGGGAGGACGAGGUGAUGGCGUUGUUGGACAACCCUCGCGCCGGGUACGACGCGGACCACGCCCUGGUGCUGGUGCAGAUGCUCAACUUUAAGCCCGGGCAGCUGUACCUUUACGAAAAGUUGUACAUGACGGAGCUCGUGUUGGAGCAUUACUUGGACACGGGGGACACACGGAACAUGGUUCGCGUGUGCCGGAAAGAGGGGAACAACAACCCGGAUCUCUGGGUACAGGUCCUGAGCUACCUCGUCAACAACGUUCCCUCGUCCGGGGACAUCCAGGAAUCAUCCCCGCUCCCGGACAACGCCGGCGAUGGAAACCCCGCCGGUGGCAAAAGCGAGGACGGCGGCGGCGGGGACGUGAGCUCGGACGACGGGGAGGGGGCCGGCGGAGAGGAAGGGAGGUGGGACGAUGUUCGCGAGCUGUUGGCGUUGAUCGAGCGGGAUCAAGUGCUGUCUCCGUUGCAGGUGGUGAGCAUCCUGGCUCAAAACUCGCAGCUCCCUCUGUGGGUGACGCGAGACUUCCUGCCUCGUUUCCUGUCGACGUCGGCUGCUGACGCCGCUGCUGACGCCGCUGCUGCCUCGGAGCUGAGAGAGAGCACGAACAAGAUGAGGGCGGAGAUUCAGGGCCUUCGAGCAACGGUGCAGUCGUCUUCAUUGUCAGGCUCUAGGGUCGCCAUGGAACUGCCCACCUUCAUGGCUUCGGAGCUGGAGAAAGGCGGUUCGAAGACGUUUUCAUCGUCUGGGUUGGGCGGACUAGGCGGGGAGCAGGCGAAGAUCCACGACAUCAAGGCGGCACAGGCGAGAAGUGCCUUGGACCACGAGCAAUUUUUUAAGGGGCUUGAGGAGGCGGCCGACGGCUUCGACCAGGUUGCCUCGUACUUCGGCAAGGGCGUCAUGUCCAUAGCCUUUCUUGAUACUGCCGUCAUGUCGAGUCUUCUUGAUAUUUUCAUGUCCAUUUCUUGAAAUAUUUUUGUUACCAUCUCAAGGCUUUCUUGAUACUGCCAUGUCGAGUCUUCUUGAUACUGUCAUGUCCAUGCCUUGAAAAAAGUCUUCUUGAAACUGCCAUGUCGAGUGUUCUUGAUACUUUCAUGUUCAUGCCUUGAAAAGAGUCUUUCUUGAUACUGUACCGUGGAAUCUUGUCUUGAGGCCCUGGUAAUUUUUCGGUGGUGACUUAGGGUUACUUGUUAGGAGCAGACCCAUUUAUCGUGACACCCUUUUUUCUCGCUCCUGUGAGAUUAGAUUGGUCGUAGGGAUACUGUAUCGUCGUUCGUGCCAAGAUCACCACGGUGGUGAUGCGGGGGGGAGGGGGGGGAGGGCACCAGACGUAUGUAUCGUCACCUUCUUCUCUCCCCGAGGCCACGAGGCCCUCUUGUGGCGUUUAUUGCGAAGACGCACGCUGCUUUUCGUUUUGUCCGGUUUUCCUCGCAAAACCGUGUUAUUUUGCUUGUUGACUUAGGCCUGGGAGCUAACCGCCCCGUUGCGCCAUAUGUAAUUUUUUUUACCGUUUUUCGGCGAAAUUAGCGCCCCCGCGAGGUGUUUUCUUACCUUGUGUUAAGAGGCUCCCGCGGUAGGUCGUGUUGUGACCGCCGGCCGCGAUAAAGGACGAGAAAGAAAACAGUUUUUCGGGUGUGUGCUGCAGAUGGGAUAAGAUGUGCUUGGUGCAACUAUUCGCCACCUAGGCUGGCGCGUUAAGACGGU